ACAUGUAUUUGCGUUUUAGGACGAAAACCUAGAAAAUGGGGAGGUAGAAGAACACGUAGACGUGGUAGAAAGUCAAGAGGCCGCAAAAAUCGCAGAAAAAGACGCAGAGGUCGUGSAAGAGGCAGAAGCUCAAGGAAAUUAAAGACCAAGAAACUAGUUCGUAGAUUUAUUGUAAAAACUCGUUUGCAACGGAAGCUUUAUACAAAAGUGAGGAGGAUUUACAGAACUAAACUUAUACGCCUGAGACAAAAGUGCAGACGUGUACGCCGUAAGAUAUUGGCAAAGAGGAGAAGAAGAAUGUCCAUCUUAAUGCGAAAAGCGCAAGAUAUAAAAAGAAAAAUCUUGGCUGGUCARAGGAAAAUUAAAAAGACGAUGACUAGGCGAAGAAAAGGAAGGMAGGUUAUUAAACUAAGGAUACUGACAAGAAAUCUGAAACGCAAACUCCUUCGCCUGAAAAGUCUUAAGAGGCUCAUCCUCAGACGUUUUAAACGGCAAAAGAACAGACURCUCCGAUUUCAAAAAAAGAAGACCAUAGCUUUAAGGAGGCGUUUAAGRAAAAGAAUGAACAAAAUACAACGGGCGCCRUUGAAGAUUUUGAAAAAGAUGACAAAAAUCCGUCACCUUAGAAGCAGAAAGGCUUUASAUCGAGCUAGACGUCGACAAAUGUUGAUAAAAAAACUUAAGAAGAAAUUAAGGCGUUUAGCUGUAAAACGCAGACGUGCUGCAAUUCGUAGAGCUAGAAUGAGGGCAUUAAUGAUAAGAAAGCUCAAAAAGAGGGUGAACGUGAUAAAAAGAAGGCGAAUGAGAAAAUUUCGAGAACAGUUAAAACGUUUGAAACGUUUGAGACRGCGAAGAAAAUUGCUAAAACUCCGCAAACGAAAAAAAUUGUUUUCUAAAAAGCUAGAGAGAAUCAAGCGUCGACUUCGUCGUAGGGCCCGGAAACUUCGCAAGAAAUUGAGGAAACGUUUGAGGCGCAUUAGACGUUUGGCUAAUAGACGUAAGAGAAAGGUGAGCAGAGSCAAAAGUUAUAUGCUGAGAAAUGUGCUCGCUCGYCAUUUACGAGGGCGUAUUGCUCUUAUGAGGGCAAGRAAACUUAAAGCACUUCGGCUCAAAAAAAUARGGACAGUUAAAAUAUUGUUGAGAAAACGACUUUACAAGCUAAAAAGUCGUGCCAAAUAUAAUCAUAGAGCCAGACGCCUUAGACGCAUAAGAUUGUUUAAUCGACUGCAGCGAAGUGUUCACAGAAAAGUUCGGACUUACAAACGUUUACGAAAAAUGCUUUUGAUGAAGGGAUUCAAAGGAAACAAGAAACGACUGCAACGUCUCGCCAAACGACUAAAAAAACUUUUUAACAAACURAAGAAACGGAAAAAUCGUUUGAGGUAYCAAAUCAAAAAGUCAAAGRAAAAGCAUUUACAGCAGUUAAAGAAAAGUAUUCGAAAGGCAAAAAGAUGGGCUCGUAAACGAAUUCGAAGUAUUAAACGUGCUUCUAAAAGUAAGCUCAAGAAGAUGAUACUCUUCAGACUAAGAACAAAAGAAGCUAUCCGGCUGGCUARAUUGCGUCGAAAGAGGUUUGCACGUCUAAGAAAGCUGUUUAAAAGAAUAAGGAGCAAAAAGCUAAACCGGAYACUUCGUCGUUUUCGUAAAAGGCUGAACAARGCUUAUCGCUUGCAAGCGAAGCUGARGAAAUUUGCUCAUAAACGACGAAUAGCAUAUUUGAAUAUUAUGAGCAAUGGGAAUAAAAGAAUGAAGAAAAUUGCCACCUCAAGAAGAAAAGAUGAAAGGAAGAAGAUACGGAAACGUCUCCGAGAAGGAAGAAAACGCAUACGACAGAUUUUGCGUCGACGCAGACAUAAGCACAGACUUGUACUCAAACGACUCAAAAAAAGGCUUCGCCAACGAAUGAAGCAAAUCAGAAAAGCAAGUAUAUUAAAGCUGAAGAAAAUGCAUCUGAAGAGAUUACGUAGUCGAUACGUGUCCCUUCGCAGAAGAAGGCUACUGCGUUUACGCAGCAUUUUGAAGAAAAGAGCUUUGAGAAAGUACCGAAGAAUACGUAAACACAAGAAACGUAUGGCUAGACACCGCAAGCGAAUCGCAACGCGACGUUUUAUWAGGAGACUUCGUCAGACCCGUCGAGGGUACACAUCACGAAUUAAAUAUCUCAAUCAUGUCCAAAGAUCUUGCAAGAAGAUCAGGUGUCCUUUACAAUUAUCUCGACGACUUAGGAACGAUAAACUGAUAGCUAAACGUCGCUUUGUCGUUCAGCAGAACAACCUGAAAAAAGAAUGGCUAAAUGAGAAGACGUUUAUCAGAAAACGCCUCAGUCUUCAGAUGAAAGCGACCAAGAAAGCUUACCRAGCACGCGUAGCAGUGAUAAACAGGGCAGGGUUUUAUAGAUUGAGGAGAUUYWCMAUGAGUCAUCUUCUCUCAAGACGAGCAUACCAAAAUUGGCGGCGUCUAAGUAACUUGCGAUUGAAAGUAUUGAAAAAACUCCGACGAAAUGCAAAGAGAAAAGAGCAGGAAUUGCUUAGAAGGGCUAAGAGGUGGCAGAAAAAGCAUCGCAAUAUCCAAYAUCAAAUUGCUAAACGAAACGCACAACUCAUGAAGAAAUAUUCCAAAAACAUCGUACGAAAAAUGCUUUGGUACGCGCGCCAACCUCGUCUGCGACACAUGGUAAAAUCACUAAAAAUGAGAUACACCCGCCACCAGCAACAAGUACUUCGUAUGCAACAUAUUCACAGAAUGAAAAUCAACAUGUUGUAUCGGUAUUUCCACGACCAGAUCAGGAAACAACUAUAUUCAAUAAGACAUCAGUUGAGAGUAUUAAAGCGAAAGAUUUGGAUGACAACRAGUCGCUACCGUAUCAGACAAUUCCUGUACAGGAGAUUCCRCAUCAACMACUCUCUUCGAAAUCGUCUAAAGUGGCCAAGAAAGAAAGCGCGUCAGCUAAACAAAUCAAUGAGGGGAAAWAUAAAAUUUCUUGCUAAAAAAGCUCGAGGCAAGAAACGAGGAAAUAUUCAGCAUGCUGAUGAGCUCGCUAAAGCUGAUUACUACUGGAAUUUCAACCAGCAAGUCGAUGGUCAAACAAUUGAUAUGGUUCAYAACCAGCCUGCUUUWCUGUCCGAUGGAGCUGAGAUCGACACCAACMGUAAGGGAGAGAAGAUCGCGUCAACAUCAGAUUCUCAUGGAUGGAUAUCGUUGGGCGAUUUUGCCGGUAAAUGCUUCAGUGAUCCAGGACUCUGUCGAAAUCAUGGUCUUACCGUUAUUGCUCGUCUUAAGUUGGACAAGGACAACCUUCGUAGCAAACCAAGUACCUAUAUUCUAUCCACUGGUGGACAAACAACAAAAGCGCGGGGCUUCGCCCUUCUCCGUCUUGCCAAAAAGUACAUCUUGAUCCUAAGUACCAAAGACCGUCAAUGGAAGCUGGAGACCGCUGACAUGCCGGACGGAUGGUUUAACCUUGGCGUUACUUGGCAGAAUAAGAAGCUACUGAAACUGUUUAUCGACGGCAAAGAAGUCGCUAGCUCAGAAGCCAUCAAAGUUUCACGACCUGUCGACUCGUUUACUUCAUUUGACAUUGGUCGACCUAACAACUCGCCCUCGCAUAAGCACCGCAUGCCCAUGAAUGUCCAUAGCAUUGCAUUAUGGGAAGAGGCACUGUCUGACCACAAGAUCACGGAGAUACAAAAAGGGACUCAAGAUGAACAAGAAAACUAAUGAAUCGAGCAAGAUGGAGUAAAGAGCACAAAGAUCAAAUAUUCCGGACAGUGAAAACCAAUGGGGUACAUUAACCGGAAAUGAUGUUCUAAGAAAUAACUUCCAUGCUUAGUUUUAAUAUAAAUGCUUGCUAAAUUAGAGCUUAUUGAAUACUAUUUUGCGUACGUAAAAUAUAGCAAUCAAAAUAACGCGUCUAAACACAUGCUAGUAUAGGGUAAAAAUAAAAGUUUUAGAUUUCACGAAACAUUUUUGAACCAUCGUCAUUUGAGUUAUGUUUGUGUUGUUGGUAAUUCCGAAAUUCGAAGGARACUGGGGACGAGUAUGAAAAUAGUCCACAUAUCGAAAACUGAACCUCACCACAUGAAAGACCACACUACAAUUAGUGUUCCUGUCAAGUUUGAUAUUAUUUAGUUGAAUACUGACCGAGAAGCAAGAGUUUGGAAUAUGCAAAAAUAAGAGAGAAUGUCAACCUCGUUCCCAGGGUCUUAUCCCUUCGCUUGGCCCCAAGCGAUCCCUGGGAAGGCCCUGGGAACGAGGAUGGAGAGAAUGUAUGUUUUUUGGGGACGCUGCUCAAGAGCUUUAUACAUUCUUUGUAAUUUUUUUUCGAGUUUUGAACGCUUGCAAAUCUGUUAUUAUUAAUUCGAAUACGCUCAAAGUUAGCAACUAUACUAAUUUUAGUCUUUCUUGUCCUGGUAUCUGUGUUAUGAUUGCUCAAACAGCAUCGAUCUUGUGACUAGUCACCAGUCCCUUUAUAAUUUCGGGAUGGCUAAUUGGAAUUAUUUUAUUCACCACUUUCCAUACUCUGGUUUAGUGAACACAAACAAAACAUUAAAACGAGGCUUCAAGGUACAGUUAGCAUAAAAGAAAAGAUCUGUGCUCCGUGGUCCUUGACGCCUCGGUUCAAUGCUUUGUUCGUUACUGGCUAUAGGAAGUCGUUUGAAUGAAGUGACUGUUAAAAUCUAUUGAUAACUUAACUUGGAAGUGUUCUUCUCCGCAUCACUUUUUCAUUGCAAUAUAUAAUUGAUUAUAAUGCCUGAAAACUUUGAAGAUAAUGACGUCGUUUUUGUGCCGAUAAAGUUUAGAUAGUUUAAAAGCCAUUGUAGAAUUGUAGAAUAAAAUAUUAAUAAAUAUUUAAGUCAACCCUUAAA